CCACGCUCGGCCCCGGUGCUGCUGUUGCUUUGCUUUGCUGUGGCAGCCAAGUGGCCGAGAGUAGCGCUAAUCCCGCUGGCUGUAAUCGUGCGCUGCAUCGCCAAUAAGCGCGCAAACUAAACCCAAAUUACGCAGCGAAUUUGCGACACCCGGGAGCGCGUAGCCGUGUGCGCAGUUUUCGCAUUUCCCACCCCGAUUUGCGUGCAGCGGGAAUGUUUUGACUCCAAACGCUAACUAGGUGGGUAAGAUUAGCCAUUUAGCUCGCCAAAUCUGUUUUCUGUGACAUCGCCAAGGGAGCGCAACGUAAGGCGAUUAGCGCUAAGAACCGUUCCAUGCGUCUUCGUUGGACACGCCGCACGCUUCGGGAAGUUUAGAUGACAUUAUUGUGAAAAAUGUCCACCACUUCGUUGGAUAAGGAGUUGCAGGAGCGGCUGAGAGAGGCGUCAGCUCUCGGGGACAUAGACGAAGUGCGGACAUUGGUGGAGAGCGGGGUGAAUGUCAACUCCCAGAACGAGAUCAAUGGAUGGACCUGUCUGCACUGGGCGUGUAAGAGAAACCAUAAACAUAUAGUGUCCUAUUUACUCAGCUGUGGAGCAGACAAAGACAUCCUCACCGCAAAGGACGAACUGGCCUCGCAGCUCACGUCCAAGCCCGAUAUCAAGAGACUACUAGGAGUUGAAGUAGAGGAAGUGCCUGAAGUGAAGGAGCCUGAGUUGCCAAUCAUCCCAAACUACCUGUCCAACCCGCCCUUCGUGUACUCCAGCCUGGACAAGCCGGGCGACGCUGUCCUGAGCCAGCACCUCACACAGAACGGCUCUGCUGAACACGGAGACGACAGUAACGGGGAUUCUGUGCCUCUGUCCCCUGUGCACGAGACUGACAACCAGCCACAGACCCAGGCCACAGAGAGCUCAUCCGUCCCCAGCACACGGCCUCUGAGCCAGGCCAGCAGCAGAGGGUUUAUCCCCAUGUGUGAGCAGAACGGAGCCUCCACCCCCCCGCCCUCACACAACCACCCUGUCGUCACCUGCCCCGUGCCCAUGGACCUGUCUGUGGAGCCUCACCUCAACCACAUAGACCACCAGUACGCCAACCACAACGGCACGGUCCACUCCCCCUCGCUGGCCACCCCGAGCCCCAACCUGCCCGGGAACGGUGGAGGGGCCCAGGCCUCAGUACAGAGCACCACGCCUGGGGUCAGCCGGCAGCAGUCCAUCCCCCAGCAGCUCACCUACAGCCAGGGAGGGGGGCAGAUGCCAGCGUUCCAGCCCUUCUUCUUCACCAGUACAUUCCCUGUCAAUGUGCAAGAGUUGGUGUUGAAAGUGCGCAUCCAGAACCCGACGGCUCGAGAGAAUGAUUUCAUUGAGAUCGAGCUCGACCGUCAGGAGCUGACCUACCGCUCUCUCCUGAGGGUCUGCUGCAGAGAGCUGGACAUCAGCACAGAGCACGUGGAGAAGAUCCGCAAACUGCCCAACACCAUGCUCAGGAAGGACAAAGACGUGGCGCGGCUGCAGGACUUCCAGGAGCUGGAGGUGGUUCUGGAGAAGGCCGAGGGGCUGUCCCUGUUCUCUGGAGGUCUGACGGACAGGCCGUGCUACAACAUGAAGGCCUCACGUCUCACAUACUAGCACUUCUACUAUUACUUCUGCUACUACAAGCCCUGACAUUUAACUCGCACACAUAUACUCCUAUGAACCUUCGGCUGGCCACUUUCCCUGUUACAGCUUCGUUCGGCUUCGGUGUUUUGCCAGUUUUAUAAUCGGGGUUAGUUUUUUUCCAAGCUCAGUAGCUCUUCUUCUUCUUCUCCUCCUCUUCCUCCUCUCGUCUCAGUGUGCUCCCAGCUUAACUGAUGCAUGCUGUCCAGCCCACGUGGAAGUUUUCGCGCCCACUCUGCUCCGACCCUCUGCCCAGUUUCGUUGCACUUUUGUCGGGCGGUAGAGGCGGGACACUGGGGCUCUUCCACGCCACUGACCCUGGAAGAGGGGAUAACUAUUAGCCUUAUCUGGAGGAUGUACUUUGGGCUACUGCAAAGAUAGAUCGGAUAAGACUGAAGGAUUUUCUAAUGUGAAAGCUAACCAGCAGAAGGACUUGAAACCUUGGCUAUAUUUUUUUUCUGCACAUGAAAAUUGGACUGGAUCUAAUUAUAUUAACAACAAUUUUGGUUUAAAAUCUAGAAAUAUUGACUAGAAUCCACUGUGGACUAAGAAGACUAACCUUUAUUAUUUCAGAUUUGUUUUUGUUUGCUAAAUUUUAGAUGGACACACUUCAGAUUUUCAUAUGUGGAGUUGGUUACCUUAACACACCUUAGUUGUCAUAUUUCAUUUUUUUAAUAUAUAUUUUUAUCUUUUGCGUCAACGUAUCAUGGCAUCAUAGGCUCUGUUCACACAUCACAAACCAUGAAGACGUUUGGGAAAAAUGCGACGACAGCUUUUGGUGAGUUCUGUUUGUGGUAGUAAGUCAAAAGAAACAGAAAACGCACACCGAAUUUCUUGUAGAGGAGGAGGAGGCCAGACAAGAGUGAAAAAAUGCGUAGCACACUCAGAAGGCCGAUGUCCAAAAGCUUUUUUAUUUUCACAAUAAAGUUUCGGCGAAAAAAUAAAGCGAUAUUUUUCUUGCUUUAUUUGCUGUGGUCCAAAGCAAGAAAAAUAUCUGAUGAAGGCUUUUUUUUUUUUUGCCCAAACAUUAUUUUGAAAAUGAAAAAGCUUUUGGACAUCGGCCAUCUGAGUGUGCUAUGCAUUUUUUUGCUCUUGUUUGGUAGUAAGUCUGACAAAAUCUAGGAAAAAUUAGAAAAUGGACCAGUUUUCUUCAUCUACAUGUCACUGUAGCAUUCCCUUAUGUUCGGAUAAUCAACAAUUACUACCAGACCUCAGUUUUCAUAAUUUCCCGACUGAUUCUUGACUACUCUGAGCGCACUGGGAAGAAUUGAGGGCCCAAAAUUCAAGAUUAUUCCAAACAUCACAUACAUUUGCGGUCUUCGUUUUACCGCUGAUCACGUUUUACAGGGAUCGGGAACUACACCAGAAGUUGUCAUCGCAUGUUUCCAAACGUCAUCCUGUUUUGUGACGUAAGCAUGAAUAGAGCUUAUUGUACCAGAAUUUGAAACAGGGGUGGGUGAUGUUCGAUUUUCUCCCAAAACGAUAAUGUCAUAUUUUUGAUGCUUAAUGUGCCUGUAAAUGUUGUGGAGGUUCAAAUGUCUCACAAAAAAAAUACUUUUUUUUUUUUAAACAUUCAAUAUACUUGAUCAUUCAAAUUACCGUAUUUUCCGGGUUAUUAGGUGCACUCUUAAGCCUCUAACCCCAUCAAAAAUCGACCAGCCAGAGCGCCCUAUACACGAAUCCACUCGGGUGUCUCAGCACGACUUCAGUAAACUACAAAGCCGCACCACCCGCAGCGCACGCAAACACACACGGAGCAGACAGCGACCCGCACGGUGAAAAACACCCACAGACACACUCAUCGCUCCACGCCGACGAGGAACAGAACGGAGGAACGAAGCGAAAAAGCAAGUCCAAUGUGCCACUUCUAGACACAACUGAGCAACUGAGUCACUGCGAACACGCCCAGACAGCACCCUCCCUACAUGCCACAACUGAACAAAGCCCAGAGUCACCGUGAACGUGACAAACAAACAAAACCACUCACCCAUCCAACUGUUGUGUUUCGUUUAAAGUCCACUGCGGUUUAUUUGUGAAAAAAGUUCGAAAACAGACCAUUUCAUCACAGUGCGCCUUAUAAUCCAGAGCGCCUAAUAGUCCGGAAAAUACGGUAGCAUAUUUUCCAAAAAAAAAAUUUUUCCAAUAUAUUACCCACCUCUACCCAGAAGAUAAAACCAAAAAUGUCAUUCACGCAAUCAUUUCCGUUGUUUAUCCGUAUGCUGCUCCAUUCGAAACCUUUAACAAACUUUUAACGUGUAAACUACAUUUGUUUUAAAGUUGACAUAUUGUGCGUUGUUUUGUACUUUGAGGCACCUUGGAACUGUUGUUUUUGUUCUUUCAAUUUUACAAUAAUGACUUUGUUUGAGGAACAAAUACACUUUGAGAGAACGGCAGUGAACCAAAACAAGAUGUAGCAAUGUUAGCAACCGACAUGCUAACGAUGCUAAUGAUGCUAACAAUGCUAACAUAUUGAACGCAACUUGAGUGGAGAUUAGAUUACUUCAAAAUCCCAAAUAAACGUCUGGGUUUAAAUUGAUAUUGUACUCAGGCAAUAAAUUAUUUAAUAAAAAGUAAAUAACUAAGCUGCAUAAUAUGUCUUCUUUAAUUUUCAAGGCCAUAUAUAACAUAGUUCAUAGUUGUUGUUUUUUUAUUGGGGAUGCACCGAUCCAAUACUGAUAUCGAUUACUGGUGUAGAUACUGAAAAUUUAGCUGGCUUCCAAAUAUCGGUUCAGCGAGGAUGUAUAAAUUGAUUUAAAAAGACUAUUUACUAGGGAUGUAACAAUAACCAAAAUAUUGUGAUAUUGUAUCGUCAAAAGUCUCUCAAUAAUAUCGUGGGCCAUUACAAUUGGGGGGGUAUCAUCAAGAAGUUGGCGAUAUGAUACAUAUCUCGAUACAGUGCACUUUCGAUUCAAUACGAUUCGAUACGGUAUAUUUCAAACCGAUUCAAUAUGGUUCAGUGAAAAACAAGGUCUAAAUUAUUGUUGUGAUACUAAAAGUCUUUAUUAAACCUCCAAGUCUGUGCCCAUUUUGCUCAAAACAGUGAAAAUGUCAACACAACUGUAGCUCUUGCACAAAAUAAUUUAGUCAAAUAUACCUAAAAAUACAAUAUAUAGGUACAGCAGCCCAUGAUAUUGAUAUUGUAUCAUCACAUUAAACAAAAUGAUAUAUCGAUAUUUCAAUAUUUUUGCACACCCCUAAUCACAAUAUAUCGAAUUACAAGUCUCUGCUUAAAUUCACUGUUAUGCUGCAGCAAUCGCUAAAACAAACAGGGAACUACAUAGACCAUGAUCCUUUGCUCUGUUUCAGUCUAAUUUACACAGUGAAACAACUUAUAAAGCACUUUAAAUAAGUCUUUGGAUUAUAAAAUAAUGAAAGGCUUGUCAGGGCAUUUUUGAAAGGAAAAGUAGCAUACAGUAUUCACAAUUUUGUUUGCUUCUACAAAAUAUCACAAUAAAUAUCGUACCAUGAGAUGCAUAUCAUGAAAAUAUCGUACAGAGAAAUGUGGAUAUUGUUACAUCCCUACUAUUUACUGGUCGUGAUUGGCCAGGAAAGUCUCUUAAUGUUUUAACUUUUAUUCACACAAAGUUGUUUCUUACUUGAGACGUAAAAAAAAAAACAGUUUUGUCUUGUUAUUUUACUUUGAAGGUAAUAAAUGCGUUGUAUACAUGCAUCACGAAUUUCGGACUUCCGGUCAUUGCGCAGUGCAUACUGGGAAGGAUUUUCCGAAAAAGUGAGCAUCAA